CCAAUCGUUGUGGCCUGUCAUCAUGGCGUCCGAACUCAGAAUGGCAAGCCGCCGCCUGCUUCAAGCAGGCGCUCUCCCCUGGAAGUCGACCAUGACCACCCGCACACCACCAGUCCCCUGGCCGCAACCGCGCCUCUUCUCCUCCUCCACCGCCGUCCUCGCCCCGCGCUCCGACGCCCCCGGCAAGCCGACCUGGGCAGCCCGCACCGCCCCCUCCCAGACCGCGAGCGCCGUGCCGCGGCCCCCGUCAUCGCCCCCCCGUGCGGCGGGCGGCUUCGCCGCGGCCACGGCGGCCUCCAAGUCGGCGGCCUCGGACCACGUCUACGACGCCACGUCGACCGACACGCUCGACCUCUCCAAGAUCAUCGCCGCCGAGUCGGACGACUUUCUGCGCAGCCACUACAGGGCGCCCAAGCCCGAGCUGCGCCUCAAGCCCGUUCUCGGCCGCACCAUUCACUGCACUGCCCGGCUCGACAUGGCCGGCGCCCUCAUCUUCCUGGGCAAGGCCAUGCGGGCCAACAACACGAAGGAGCUGGCGCGCCUGCAGAAGCGCCACGAGAGGCCCGGUCUCAAGAGGAAGAGGCUCAGGAGCGAGCGCUGGCGGGCCAGGUUCAAGAUUGGCUUUGCCGCCACCGUGUCGAGGGUGCAGGAGCUGCGGAACCAGGGCUGGUGA